UAGACUAGAUAGUUAGGCUGUUACACUUGCCGCCCCCGGAGAUCAGGUGGACCGUGACCAACAUCGGAGCAAAAGUUCACCCGGAUCAGCCUCGUAGUCCAUCUACCGUUCAAAACUCACAACAAAGGCCUCCCUUCUUGUACCAGCAACGAUGAGGAGGCCAUGCUUCUUCCGCAUACGCACCUUGCCCUUGCGCCCGUAUUUCCCUCAUCAUUUUUUGGCUAAGGAUAAUGCAGGUCUGCCAUAUAUCCACUGUCAACCCUCCCGUGCCUUCUCCUUCACUGCAUCUAAAUCAACGGCCCCGACAAUGAGCACAAGUCGGGUCUUGUACGAGCCCAUUGAGAGCGUGGAACGAAUGGAGUAUUAUCAGCAGGGUGGCUAUCAUCCUGUGGAAAUUGGCGAUCACAUUCGCGAUCGCUACCGUGUCGUCCACAAACUCGGUCACGGCACUUACUCAACGAUCUGGCUAGCUCGGGACGAGAUAUCUAACCGAUAUGUUGCCGUUAAGAUUUGCACGGCAGAUUCAGACCCUCUUGAGACAGAUAUACUGUCCCAGCUAUCAGAGUCUCUAAAGUCGUCAGAUAUAGGCACAUCGAUGAUACCUUCGAUUUUGGAUAAAUUCAACAUCCAAGGCCCCAACGGUAACCACGCCUGCCUGGUGACAAGCCCGGCAAGGAUGAGCUUAUCUGAGGCAAAGAAGGAAUCAUGGAUAGGCCUUUUUCAGAUUGAUGUGGCUCGUGCGCUGGCAGCACAGCUCGCGAUGGUGAUUCGGUAUAUGCAUUCAGAAGACUUUGUUCAUGGAGACCUUCAUUGUGGAAACGUCCUCCUCAAACCCCAAUCCAAUUUCGAUAACUUAUCUACGAAGGAGCUAUAUGAGCUGUAUGGAGAGCCGGAACUUGAGCCAGUGAAUCGAUUAGAUGGCCAAACGCCUCCGCCAGGAGUCCCAAAAUAUGGCGUCGUACCUAUCUGGCUUGGUGCAUCAAGUGAAAAAAUUACACUUCCAGAAGCCAGGAUCGUUCUCACAGAUUUUGGCCAGACAUUCUCUCCGACACGAGAGAAGAGAUUUGAGUCAUAUACACCCCUUUUAAUAAGAGCCCCCGAAGCUCGAUUUGAGCCAACAAUGCCACUCACUUUCUCAUCUGAUAUCUGGACGCUAGCAUGUACCAUCUGGGAAAUCGUAGCCCAACGAUCCCUAUUCGAAGGCUUCCUCACAAACGAAGACGACAUGACAUGCCAGCAAAUCGCAGCACUGGGCCCGCUCCCGACUGAAUGGUGGGAAAAGUGGGAGGGCCGUGGAAACCACUUCACCGAUAACGGCGAGCCAAAUAACAGAGCUACAUCCCAAUAUAAAUCCUUAGAGGAUCUGUUCGAAUUAAAUAUCCAGCAACCGCGGAAUCAGGCGGGGAUGCCGACACUUGAAUCGAGUGAGCGAGAUGCUCUUUUCGCGAUGUUGCGUCCAAUGCUUUCUUUCAAGCCUGAGAAUCGUUCGUCUGCUCAGCAGGUUCUUGAAUCGGAAUGGAUGGUGAAAUGGGCUAUUCCCGAGUAUCAGAAGAUUCGAAGCUCGUAGGAAAGCUAGUAGUGGUCUGUCGCAAUUUGAUAUAGAAUUCUUCCUUCCCCCCACCCCCGAUGAAUCGUGGUCAAGACCCGUCUAAGGUUCCAGCAUCGGAAGAAACCAGACCACGAAAAAGAAAACGGGACAGUACCUAAAGGGGUUUACGAAGUCUCGCAGACAUCUUGGGCCUCCCAAGCUAAGAUUUUCUGGGUUAAGUAUCUAAUAUAGUUAACUGCUCUUAACUAUCAGAUCGGCGAUUCUUAUUACUUUAGUGGUCGAGAUCCGUUCGAUUUGUGAUUACGAGUCUUGUGGAUUCCACCAGGUAAUAUUAUAACUAUUGGUCUAGGAAAGGGAUGUUAUGGUGUUGAUGAUUGGUUUGAGUAUUAUUUAUUGAAAUGAACAUGUACAUGAGAAU